AUGGAGCGCGAUUGUCGCCUGUUUCAAUGCCAGGGUGAUUAUAUCAAGCACCUAGAAUUACGCAUCAUCGAGCUAGAGACUGCCUGCUUGUCUCACUACCCUGAGCUCCGAAGGGAAGGACAAUGUAGACCUUGCGAGGUCUGCCGAAAUCCCAAUCUUUACACGAAGGAUUUCGGUGGUCCCCAAGAAAGCUCUGGCGAUAGUUUCAGGCUAGCCUCCGAGAUUUGUCAGGACAAUCAAUCGAGUCAAAAUGACAGACCCCCGGAGAGCACAUUCGCCAUUAUCCCAUACGAGCCAUCCAUCAUAAUUGAACCCCCAGCCACAACAGACUCCUCCACGCCAAACGUGCCUGCGCAAAAGAAACGGUGUCGUUUUUCCUCGUUCACAUCCUCAGUUGGUGAUCUACCUGAAUCUUCUAAUUGGAAAAAAUGGGCCUCCAUCAGUGAAACUCAACGAAAGAAGAUCGUUCUUAGCUUGGUCUCUGGAUUGACCUUCCCAAAUGACGAAAACCCGAUCGCGUCCAGACAACCUGCCCCUAUACCAAUCCUGUUAGAAUACGGCAAAUCCAUGGAGCCGGCGGGACUGACUCACACCUCGGCAAAAUCAGCAGAAAAACGACCGUUUGCAUGCUUCCAGGAACUUGUAUUCUGUUCACUGUGUGCGGUAGCCUUGGAAGUCACUGCAAAAGAGGAUGUCUUCCAAGCUAUGCAGUCGGUUUUCCAGUCUGACGCCGGAUCGAAGUCUCUUAGAGCUCGGAUUCGUGGCGCAAAAUGGGCAAACCGGGCCAUACACCUUUUAUCACUCACUAAAUGGGGCUCUUGUAGCUGGGACAUUAUUUACGUUGGUAUGAAACAUAUUUCGAGUUCCCAUGGAUAA